AUGAUUGGAUAUAGGGUGCUACCGCGUACACGACUACAUGUGAGGGUGAGGGGCUUACCCUCACCACAUUUAUACAAAGCAUAUGCCUCGCAGCGUCUGCUUAUACAACUACGGCUUGCAACUACUCAACACAGCCCGACUUCGUCAGCAGUACUGUCUCUUGAGGGCCUGCGUAUUAUAAACGGUGCUAAUCCUAUCCAGGUAAACAAGAAGGAGCUUCUAAAAUCCAUCGCAAACCCACUACAGACGAUAAAGGAAAAGAUUAAAUCAAAAGCCUUUACAUAUCCAUAUAACUACCUAAAUGAAGAGACAGAGCUGCAAUUGGAUCUUCUUGAAAACUUCACAUCCACAGUCAGUGAACAAGUAUCAAAGUGUGACAAUUUUGACAAUGGGUAUCUUACUUUUACUGAAUUUAUAAAUCCCAACAUCAAUCUUUUACCGGUACUCAUAAACUCCAUACAAGAUGGCAAUUAUCCCAAAGAGAUGCUAGAAAUAUACAACCUCCAAGACAAGGGUGCAUUAUUUGAACACAUUCUUACACAUGUGCUAUACAAAGACUACCUCGAGUACAAGAUCCAAACCACGCCAUACGAAAAAUCAUUGAUUGAUUUUUCCAACCCUGCUCAAUGGUUCCCUGAGGCAAGAAAGAUGAAACGAAAAAUUGUCAUGCAUGUGGGGCCAACAAACAGUGGAAAGACUCAUCAUUCGUUACAAAAACUUUCGACUGUAAGGACGGGUUACUACGCUGGCCCAUUGAGAUUGUUGGCACGUGAAAUAUACGAACGAUUCAAUGAUCAAGGCAUUGGAUGUAAUUUGAUUACUGGUGAAGAAGUUAUCCCAUCGAUUGAUGAGUAUGGAAGAGUGAGUGGCUUGGCCUCGGGGACUAUUGAAAUGAUUCCAUUGCACAAGAAAAUGGAUCUUUGCGUUAUUGAUGAAAUACAAAUGAUUGGAGAUGCACAAAGAGGAUCGGUUUGGACUAAUGCCGUCUUGGGUGUUUUGGCACAUGAAAUUCAUCUUUGCGGGGAGGAAAGUGCUGUCCCAUUGAUUGAGAAAUUGGUGGAAAUCACUGGUGAUGAGCUAGAAGUGAAGAAAUUUGAUCGAUUGGGGAAAUUGACAAUGGAAAAGAAACCAACAAGUUUGAAAACAUUGAAAAAAGGCGAUUGUUUGGUUGUAUUUUCCAAAAGAAAAAUUUUGGAGUACAAAUGUCGUAUAGAGCAGGAGACUAAGUUAAAAGUUGGUAUGAUUUAUGGUGCGUUACCGCCAGAAAUUAGAGCUCAGGAAGCUGCAAGAUUCAACAAUGGUGAAUACGAUGUACUUGUUGCUUCAGAUGCUAUUGGCAUGGGGUUGAAUUUAAAAAUCAAUCGUAUUGUUUUCAGUGGGAUCAACAAAUUCAAUGGAUCUGAGGUGGAGAAUUUGACUACGUCGCAAGUUAAACAAAUUGCUGGUAGGGCUGGUAGGUUCAGCGUUGAACACGGAUCGAGGGAAGGGUUGGUAACUGCGUUGCAGCGUUCAAGCUUAUUGUACAUCAAAGAGUGUCUUGAACUGCCAAUUGCGGAACUUGAGAAGGCAUGUCUUUGGCCAACUGACCUUGUGUGGAAAUACUACAUGACAAACUACUCCACUACUAGUCCCUUAUCAGAAACUCUUUCUCGUUUCAUCAGUAGCACUUCCAACUUCAAAUCUGACCUUUAUUUCUUAGCUGAUUUGGAGGUCAAGACUGGAAUUUUGGACAUUAUAUCAAAGGACAAGCUAUUGAAAAACAUGACUAUUGAUGACCAAUUGACGCUAAGUGAGACCCCCAUUUCCAUUCACGGUCCCAUGAAUAGAGAACUUGUAAUUCCCACAGUCAAGAAGUUUUUCAAAACCAUUGUGGAGAGAAGUUGUAAAACAGUUUUUGAUUUUGGGUUUUUGGAUUUACAUCUCUUAUCUGCUAAACCAAUGUUGAACAAAAACAUCAAGAUUCCUUUGGGAAAUGUUGAGCAAUUGGAAAGUAUGCACAAAUUGAUAUUGUUGUCUUUGUGGUUGAGUCAACGAUUCCCCACUUUGUUUAUUGAUAAGCAAUCAGCAAUGGAGUUGAAAGCUCUUGUUGAAAAGAGAAUUACUGAAGAGUUGAAUAAUGUCAGACGAAUGAAUAAGAUGGGAAGGAGGUGA